AUGGCGCCCGGCACGCUCCCCGCCUCAGACACCGAUGCAGUCAAGCCCCUGAGCUCCAUCGGCCGCAUCAAGUCGCAAAAGGCGCUGGCCGCCAAGAAGCUGGCGGCGGCGGACGCCAACGGUGACAGCGGCAAGCCGUACGUGCGCGGAGCCAAGGGCCAGCUGGAGGACAUGGAUCGCCUGAUGAAGCUGCCCUGGUGCCAGGAGCUGCUGGCGCAGCCAGGCAUGCAGACGCUGCUGACGUGCGGCGCGAUGAGCAAACCGCCGCAGCCCGGGGAGGUGAACGCCAUCGACCCCGACCAUCUCUUUCUGUCGCUGCUGCGCCAGGACCUCAUCCGUGACCUGCUCUUCCUCUACUCGCCCACCCACCGCACCUUCCACACCCUCAUGUCGGUCGGCCUGGACGUGUGUGGCCACCCCAGCAUCGUGCAUGGCGGCUUCACCUCGGCCAUGAUCGACGAAACGACAGGCGGGCUGGUGUUUGAGCUGAAGAAAGCAGGGGAGCUUGGGGGCGGCCCCGCCUUCACGGCGCGCUUGGAGGUGGAUUACAAGGCCCCCAUCCCUGCCAGCGCCGACGUGGUGUGCACGGCGCGGCUGGAGAAGGUGGAGGGGCGCAAGUGCUGGACAGUGGCCGAGGUCGCGGACCGCCCCGGCGGCACCGUCUAUGCGGUCGGCCGCGCCCUGUACGUUACGCCACGCAGCCAUGCAGCCGCGGAGCAGCAAUGA